AGGAGGCAGAGCAGAGUGAAGAGCAGCAGGACUCCGAUCCGGAUCACAGAGUUUGAGCCAGGACCUGCACCCUGAACCCUGAACCAGGAUGGAGGUCCACGUCUGAACCUGAGGGCGUCCACCACAGGAAGCCUGAAUGAAAACACCAGAACACCAGUGGAUUUAUCCUCCGAGAAGAACCAGGACUGAAGGAGGAGACAAGAGGAGGAUGAUGAUGAAGAUGGAGAAGAGAAGAUAAAGGAUGGACAUGAAGACAAAACAGGAAAGUUUAUGUGAGUGAGCAAAAGAAGAACCUGAGGAAUAAGUCUGUUUUCUCUGUUUUUCCUGAGUGUGUUUUGGAAUAUCUGACACUGAUUGAAUCCAGAGAAAGGAGUUAAAGGAGUAAAAGGAGGAGCGUUUAACAGGAAUUAUCAAAAAGGUGAAAAAAAUGAACCAAACCAGGAGUGAAGAUCAGAAAAACCAAGCGAUCGCAUCAAAAACAGAAGGAGAUACUAACCCAUCCAAGCCCCACUCCAGCGCUGAACAUCCGUCGUGGUCAUGAGGCUCCUGGUUCUCCUCGCCGCCCCCCUGUCCAUCCUCCUCCUCCCGGCGGGCGGCGUGGCCCCGGGUCGGCUGGAGCGCUGGGUCCGGUCCGGGCUCCAGUCUCUGCAGUGGGACCAGUUGGACCGGUGCCUCCGCAUGUCCUCGCUGUCCGAGGCUGAGUGCCGGCGCCUGGCCCACCUACCGCUGUCCGCCGUCGCCGUCUACGUGUCAGAGCCACGAAACGCCGCAGGACCCUCAGAUAAAGUUCUGGCCAUCCUGCCCGACUCCACCGGGGCGGCGCCAGGCUCCGCCUCCCGAGGAGGCUACGAUGUCAACCCCAUCCUGAACGCAGGGGGCGGGCCUCACCGGCACCGGCAGCAGCCCCUCCCCGGGUCGACAGCCCACGAUGCCGUGCUGGUCCUGGACCCAAGCCCCGGGGAGAACUUCGGACACCCGGUGGUCCUGUUCUACGUGGACGUCAACGUGACCAAGAAGAGGUGUUCCCACCUGGACGGCAUCUACCUGGGUGACGAGUGUUUGACCCUGGCGUUGAAGGGUCGCUGUCAGAACCAGCUGAAGCGCCGGCAGACCGGACCAGACAGACUUCUGGGUAACGGGCACAGGCUGGCAGGCGCAGCGCUGCGGGGCGGUACCAUUACUGGUACUAGUCGUAUGGUGGAGCGGGCCAUCGGUGGGCUCUGUGAGGUCCACUUCCUCCCCCUAGUGGUGGGUGUUGGAGAUAACAACCGCACCCAGAGACUCAGAUGUGUGGACCAUCCGGAGUUUGCUCGAUGUCCUCAGCCGUUGCCUCUGGUGUCUCCCAGUCUGCCGGUGUCCAGCUGCGAACUCAAUAAAAACACCCGGCGAUGCCACCAGCAGCCCCUCGCCACCCACCUGUCCUGUCGCCUCUACCAGACAUGUGACCACGCCGUCCUCAUCUCAGGUGGUUGGCAGCAGCAGAUGACGUUCCAGCAUCACAUCCAGAACCUGCAGAAGUUCUACAGGAUGCUCCGGAACAACGGCUUCCACAAAGACCACAUCAAGACCUUCUUCGCCAGCAGUGGACAACUUCCUGAUGACGUGGAGGGCGUGUACUCAGCCACGGAGAAGGUGGUGAUCCGUAAUCAUGUGUCGUACAUCUGCAGGAAACAGCACUGCGCCGACACACUGGUCCUCUACCUGAACUCGCCAACUCGCAAUGACGGCACCAUGCUGCUAUGGGACGCCAACCUCAACGGCAUCGCCGAUCUGAAGGAGCGAUACUCCGUCAAUGAGCUCCUGGCCGACCUGGCUGGAUGCAAGGCGACCCGGGUUCUGCUGUUCGUGGACCAGAGCUACAGUGGCGUUCUGUCCAAGAGGCUGCGAGGAUCCCUGAAGCACCUCAAUGUGGUUCUGAUCCAGAGCCAGACCAGACAGACCCACAACCACCAGAACCAGAGGGUGAACCUGGGCCGGGACGACGGCAGCUGGUCCUACAUCGGGCCCUCCACCUGCCUGUUGGACCACCUCGGAAAGACCGCCGGGACACCCCACCUCCCAGAGCCGUGGACCGGCCUCCUCAACGUGACGCUGUCUGGCGCCCCCUGCAAUGCCACGCCCCCUCUGACAGAUGGCGAGAUGCGACGUGAGUACCAGGGCUGCCAAAACCUCCCAACUGCGCUGUGGCACCAGAAACACAGGAGGACCAACUGAGACCGGGACCGGGACCAGACCCGCGGGACGCAUGGACGCAUGUUCACGUUAACGCGGCGUUAGCUUAGCAUGCGGUGUGUUUGGUGGACAGCGGUGUGUGUCUACAGUAUGUUUUGUGUCCUAACUCUGAACUCGGCGUUGCCACGGCGACGGCUGCUCAUCCCGGGGGGAGUGUCCUGACCACUAUUGCGAACAGGCGCGUGCGUGUGCAUGUGUGAGUUCAGCGAGAGGACAUCAGUGCUAGCUUCCACUCGGGUCAGUGUGUUCGUUGAGUGUGAACACCACAUCAUCUCUUGGGCACUUUAACAUUUCAGAACCAAUCAGCUGUUUCUAUUUCUGUCGUUACUCCAGCCUAUCUUCAUCCUUUACCUUGUUUCUUCCUUCAUCCUGUCCUCUGCUUCACCUUUUGUCGGCUACUUCCUCCCAUCGACUAUAAACUCUCCUUCAUUCCUUCAUCUUUCUCUUCUUUCUCUGUCCAUCAUUUUACUUUUUCAUCACUAAGCCAACGAAAAUUAGGAAAACACUGGAAGGGAAAUGCAAGAUUUUAACAGAAUAUUUGACAAAAACCUCAAUUAAAAGGUUAAGACAUCGAUUAUUAAAAGACUUUUGGAUAAAUUCUGACAGCUCAAACCCCUUUCGAGGACAAAAUGUCUCCACGACCUGAUAUUCACAUUAUUUCUAGUGAUUUAAUGUAAUAAGCUGAUCGACAUUUUCAUGAGUGUGAAAUGUCACCAUAACCUAAAAAAUACAAAAACAAGUACUAUGGUGUUUCACAGCCACUUAAGGUAAAGUAAAAACAUUUGUUUGGAGGAUUCUGUUGGGUUUCUAAAUUGGUUUAAGAGUCUGGUUUGGACCAGCUUUAAAUGUAAAGUAUCAUGAGAUAACAUUUGUUAUGAUCUGAUGCUAUAUAAAUAAAUCUGAUUUGUCAGGCAGGAGGAGCGGGGUAACAGAAAAAAUCUUUGAAAUAAAGUACGGAGGAAAAAAUUUUGAUAUUCUCUGUUGAUUUACGACGAUUUAAUCACAAAUAUAGUAAGAUUCCAAAGUCAUACAUUUGUGUCUUAUAGAUGGUUUUCACUGACACUUAUUAGGGUUUAAUUCAUAAAUUUACUGCUUUACGCUCAGAGAAUAUUAGACUUUUUUUUAAUCUCCAGAAAUUUUUGAUUUUUAUCAGAAAUGUAUUACUUUGCAUAAAACAAUAUUUUCAUGAUAAAUUUUGUGAGUCUUUCUACGUAAUUUUUCCAUUUUAAUCACAGAAUUUUUUUCUUGUAAUUUUUUUUUAUUCAAUUGUGAAACUUUUUAGCCUUGUCUUUGAAAUUUAUGACUCCAUGCUGUCAGUAAAUAUUGGAUUUAUUCUACAUUUGUCAGGUAUUUGUAUAGUUAUUUUGCAUAGGCAUUUAAAGUUGAAGAGGUAAUUUGUAACUUUAGCCUGGAACAUUUUUAGUUUUUUCUCAUAAAUGUAUGACUUGAUAAUCUCAGAGGAUAUUUUAUUUUUUUUCUCCUAAAUUUGAGAAUUUUUUCUAUUAAAUUUACCAAUGACUUUAUCAUUAUUUUACUUUUCCUCAUAAGUUUGUGAGUAUUUUUUGUAAAUUUCCCACUUUAUUCCGAGAGAACACCCAGUUUUUUUAUGUUUUUGCGUUUACAAUCUCUAAAUUUACCUCUUAAUUCUCAGAGAAAAUGCCUUUAUUGUUCUAGUAUAUCAGGGAUGUCGAACUCAUUUUCUUUCAGCUUCCACAUUCAGGCCAAUUUGAUCUGUAGUGGGUCGGACCAGAAAAAUAAUUGAAUAA